AUCAUUUGACGUUUUCGUUCCGAUCCGUUCGCGAAAGAGUGCGCGAGCAGUUUUCAGCCAGAUAUCGCUCUCCCUAAAAUCGGAUUUAUUCCGUUCUUUUGCGGCCCCCAACCAUGAGCCUCAUCCUCAGAACUGUGUCCCGCGGGGCAGUGUCCCAGUGGGCACGAGCAUCGUUCUCGACCUCGUCGGUGGCGCUGAAGGAUCCGCGCGCCCACAAGGAGGCACCGUACGUGGACGCCAACCUGAUCAUCGCCGACGAGACGGAACGCCGCGAGAAGGAGAAGGCAUCGCUGACCAUCUCGGUGCCGACCAAGGUUGACCUGAGUCCCAUCAGUGGCAUUCCGACGGAGCAUGUGAAGGAGCGCCGCGUGCGGAUCUUUGUUCCGUCCAAGAAUGCUAUGCAGAGUGGAACCGACAACAUCCAGCACUGGAGCAUUGAGUUCGAUACGCGCGAACGCUGGGAGAACCCGCUGAUGGGGUGGUCCUCGAGCGGCGACCCCCUGUCCAACAUGCGCGUCGACUUCGGGUCGGCCGAGGAGGCCAUCUCGCACUGCGAACGGAACGGCUGGCGGUGGUUCGUGGACCAGCCCCAGGCCGAGAAGAAGGCCCGCGUCAAGAACUACGGCAUCAACUUUGCGUGGAACAAGCGCACCCGCGUCUCUACCAAGUAAGGGGAAUGAUGGUGCGAAAGUGGUUAGCGAAAAAGUGGGAGGAAUAAAUCGUUGUUUGUAACAUACACUGCUUGGUGAUUAAAAAUUAUGAAAAUUGUGAA